GCUCCUCCCUCUCCGCUUUUGCACGGUCACGUCACGGGCCAUAGAACGGUGUCCCGCGGCUCAGCAUAAUCGAAUCUACCCAUUUGUUAGAGCAGUCACUAGACUAGACUACUGUAAUAGACUCCUAGCUCAGGCCCGUUAGGCAGUCCGGUUCCAAAUCGAAUGCAAACAACUAACCCGGUUCACCCGGGCCAUUAAUCGAAUUCCCCUCAGUGGGCUGAUAGUGGCAGGUGAUAAAUAGCCAAUUGUAGGUCAGAUCAAAGACCGCGUGAUCAUUGUUUUCCUCUGUUUUUUGUCCGUUUUUUUUUGUCCGUGGAUAUAAACUGUCGAGUCGAAUGACUUCAACACACACCAAGAAGCUUGUUGUGAACCGUGUUUACAUGUUCGUUUGAUUUCGCUGUUACGAGAGUCAAUGAAUUCUUCAGAUUUCCACAAACGGUCAACAAGAAACUGCUUCAUGAAGGAAUAAACAAAUGAAAGCUGCCUUCCAAGACCAAGAGGGAUGUCUCUGAGAUGUGUUCCAGAUUCUUGUGUGCUUAAAGUAAGCAGAGCAGCGAACUUCUGGCAUACACAAGGUCAACGAGCAGCAUCACUUCCAUUGUCUUCUCAGCAACACCCCCCUUGUAGGUUUGAUGUCCAAGCAGGCCUGAGCCACAAAGUUGGCUUUCUCAGCUGGAAGUAUACCCACAGCACAAAAAGUAGAAUUCGCAAUAAGAUAUGGCUCUCCAGAGCUAGUCAUAUAAGACACAGGCUUGGCCUCCACACCAGCGCCUACUACUUAAAUACAUCCACCUCACGCUGGUCCACUGGUCUCAGCCACACCAUGUCGCGCUUCAGGAGCACCCUGGACUCCGUCUCCAAGGCGGUGAGCGGGUCACACACUGAGCUCCUCUCCAAGAUAGCCCGGCUCAAAGCCAAACCCAAACAGAACGCCAUUGAGGCUGGCAAAGUGUUGGCAGCCAGCCCGGAGAUGGGGCUAACACCACAGGGUCAUGGUACUGUAGGGUACCCAGCCCCAGCUCUAACCCCAGCUCUAACCCCAGCCCCAGCUCUAACCCCAGCCCCAGUUCCUGCCUAUACCUCCGCUAACAUCACUGUUAAUGCUAAUGCUACUACACCUUCUCCAAUCCCUGCCUCGGUGUCUGCCCCUAGUCCUCCAGGGGACACUACUACAGACACUACUACAGCCACUGCUUCUACACCCACACCUACUCUAUCUCCAACACUUACACCUACUCCAUAUCUUACACCUGGCCCUACUCCUGGCAUUAACACAAGCGCCCCUCCCAUUGCCACCCCUCGCCCCAACAUUGCCAGGGCAAAUGCUGCUGUCUCAGGCCCCAGUAUCCAGGAAGUCAGACAGAGGGUGCAGCGUGCAGCAUCCACUGUCCCAACCACUGUGGCCACCAACGGGACCUCCAAAAGGCUGGAGCAGGUCAAAUCACCACUACCAACAGAGAGUAGUGCACCUGAGAGAGCCACCACCACAGUCUCCCAACAGACCACAACACAACUCUUCCAUCCCAGCUCCUUCUCUGUUAACCUGGAUGAGACAUACAACUACCUGUCCCACCACGUGAACUCGUACUUCAGCAGCAUAACAAAGUCUGAUGAGGAGAAAGCGCAAAACACAGACCGUGGUUCCACUGACCUCCUGCCGAUGUCAGACAAAACGUCCUCAGGGUCUGCUGCUGCACCCGUAAGUUCCCCAUCUUCUAAAAAGGGUAUCGGCCGUUACCUAUCCUACUCUGGUGACACUGUACAGGCCUUUGUAGGGAGCUACAUUGCUCCCCUGGUCCCCAGGUUCAGCAGGGCGGCUGCUGAACCCAAGAGUGCUGCUGUAGAGCAGAAGAGGCUGAAGGCAGAAGAGGCAGGGGCAAAGCCAUGGCAAGGAGAGGUGGCGGUGAAUACAGAACAGAAGGCUGCAGAGGAGAGGGCCAAGAGACUGCUGCUCCAAAGAGAGAAGAUCAUAGCUAGGGUGAGUGUGGACAACCGGACCCGGUCCCUGGUCAAGGCGUUAAACCGAGCGUCUGAUGUCAGGGUCUACAUCAACAGAGUGGAGGAGCUCAGCUAUCAUCUACUGGAGUUUCCAGAGACCCGCGGCGCGGCUGUCAAGGAGAAGGCGAUCCCUUGCCUACUGCGUCUCCGCCAGGCUGAGGACCCGUCUCUGAAGGCAGCAGUCAGGGAGGCCCUCACUCUGGUGGGAUACACCAACCCUGUCAAGGGCCAGGGGAUCAGGGUCCUGUCCAUCGACGGAGGGGGAACCAGGGGACUGAUUGCCCUUCAGACUCUGCAGAAACUGGAAGCCCUGACGGGAAAACCCAUCUACCAACUGUUUGAUUACAUCUGUGGUGUCAGCACAGGUUCCAUCCUGGGCUUCAUGCUGGGUGUAUUCCAGAUCCCUCUAAAUGAGUGUGAGGUGCUCUACAGGAAGCUGGGUUCUGACGUCUUCAAGCAGAACGUCAUCGUGGGAACCGUCAAGAUGGGCUGGAGCCACGCCUUCUACGACUCUGAGACCUGGGAGAACAUCCUCAAAGAAAAAAUGGGCUCUGAUCUGAUGGUGGAAACAUCAAGAAACCCCAAAUGCCCAAAGAUGGCAGCAGUGAGUACCAUCGUGAACAGGGGCACUCCUCUGAAGGCCUAUGUGUUCAGGAACUAUAACCUGCAGCCAGGGGUGCGCUCCCACUACCUGGGGGGCUGUGAACACAAGCUGUGGCAGGCUGUCAGAGCGUCCUCCGCUGCCCCAGGGUACUUCCAGGAGUUUGCCCUGGGACACGACCUUCACCAGGACGGAGGUCUCCUCAUCAACAACCCCACAGCGUUGGCCAUCCAUGAGUGUCAAUGCCUGUGGCCCAAUACCCCUGUCCAGUGUGUGGUGUCACUGGGUACGGGCCGCGUGGAGACGGCUGGCAAAAACAACACCACGUACACCAGCCUCAAGACCAAGCUCACCAACGUCAUCAGCUCUGCCACCGACACAGAGGAAGUCCACAUCAUGCUCGAUGCCCUCCUUCCACCUGACUCGUACUUCCGCUUCAACCCUUACAUGAACGAGGACAUCGCCCUGGAUGAGAGCCGCGGUGAGAAGCUGAACCUGCUGCAGGCCGAGGGCCUGCGCUAUCUGGACCGGAACCAGGAUAAGCUGCAGAAAGCUGCCCGGAUACUCACCAGGGACAAGACCACCGUCCAGAGGCUGACGGAGUGGGCCAAGCUCAAACAUGACAUGUACGAUGGUAUUCCCAUCUUCAACUCCAAGCUGUAGAGGAGUAGGUCUCAGACUCCACCACAACACUAACUUCACCUAAAACUCUCUCCUAACACUGAAUCAUACAUAGAAUAAUAUAAUGUAUAUGUUAGUCUCUGUGCUGGUAGACAAUGUAUUUUAGAUUGGUAGAAUACGUUUAUUGUUGUGUUUUUACUGCACCCAUGUAGGUGUUACUGCACCCAUGUAGGUGUUACUGCACCCAUAUAGGUGUUACUGCACCCAUAUAGGUGUUACUGCACCCAUGUAGGUGUUACUGCACCCAUGUAGGUGUUACUGCACCCAUGUAGGUGUUACUGCACCCAUGUAGGUGUUACUGCACCCAUGUAGGUGUUACUGCACCCAUGUAGGUGUUACUGCACCCAUGUAGGUGUUACUGCACCCAUGUAGGUGUUACUGCACCCAUGUAGGUGUUACUGCACCCAUGUAGGUGUUACUGCACCCAUGUAGGUGUUACUGCACCCAUUUGCCAGUGACUGUUCCUAUGCUCUGGCAGCACUUGGAGGGAGAGAGAGGUCUGGCAACAUCAACAGAAUGUUUCUUAUUAUCAUACUCUGUAAGCCAGAGUAGAUAACUUACCAAUACCCCACUAAUAGAUCUAUAUAGGGCUCUGGUUAGAAGCAGUGCUUUCUAUAGGAGAUGGGGUGCUAUUUGGAACACAAGCGGUUUCCUCUUCUGACGACUGGACUGACUGUUCUCCAAUGAAGCACCUUUUUCACCUUUAAAAAGAACAAAAGAUCACAGCCAUUUAUAUCCUGACACUGUAUAAGAGAUAUAUCUGGGAUAUAUUUUGGAUUUAAAUAGUUUUUUGUUUUUUUUAACUUUGACUUGAACCUAAUCUGCCACCAAUAACUUAAUUUUUUAAAGGUUAGGACCAUAAACAAACAUAUACCAUUUUGGGGGGGGAAUAACUAUCUUGUCAUGUCCAACGGUUGGAUGUCAAGGUUUUACUUGAAUGUAUGCCUCAGAGAAAGAUUAAUGGCUGGUCACUUGACAUUUCUGUUUCUAGUACUUUUUAACACCAAUGCAGCUAGUGGUCCUUCAUUUGAUUGUUUUAAUGUUGACGGUGAUAUUGGUAAAUACAUCAGGGUACAACUUUUUUGACAUAUACUAUAUAAAUUGUUUAUUAAAAAAAUGUACCAUGGUAUUUAGAGGAAGAUGUUAGCCACUGACCUGGCUAGUUCGCACAUACGGCUGCUUUAAAUCAGAGUAGGGUCCUAAUCUAUGGCUUAUGUAGUAGCCUAUAAGCUGCAAAAUGUUCACUCCUCUCUUGUUUGAUUUUAAGAAUGCGUUACAGAACAAUGACUUGACUGUUGUAUUACUAUUGUGAAGUUGUAGAUAUAGUUUGAAAUGCAUUAAGAUUUAAAAUGCUCCUGAAUUAAGUCUUUUGACGCUGUAUUAUUUAGAUUUAAAUCCAUGCUGCUUUUGUUUAUUUUUUUUGCUUAGAGUAAUUUAUAUCCUUCUAUAAUUUAUUUGCAUGAGCGAUGCUGAUGUUAUGCAUCCACUAAUAACAGGUUAGGAAAACUUUCCUAUCUCCAAUUUGCUGUUUUCCAGACAUGGGUUCAAGUACUAUUUAAAACACUUAAAGAAAUUGAAUGGGAUCUUCAGCACAUACAAAUUCAGGACAUAUUUUACGAAUUGGCUUUCGUUACAUAUUCUACGAAAUGGGUGCUGUUGUUGUACAUGAGCGCUACUUUCAAAACUACUGGCUGAAUUUACACACAACCUUGUAUAACGCAUUUUUUAAGCUGUGCUUGAUUGAGCUUGCAUGGCACAAUAGAACCAAUAGGACAGUCCCAAAAUGGCAAACCCUGCCCACCCACACUCCAGGAAGGCUAAAGAAAAUGCUCAAAAUAUUUGAAAGAUUUCCAAUAGUAUUUGAACCCAGGUAUGUUAUCUCCAUCCUAGCUACCCUGAAGUGCUGUUUCCCCUGUGCUAUGCUAUCGUCUGCCAUGUUGUGGUAUUAUUACUGUUAGUUUGAAUCAUGCCGGUGUAGCAGAGGGAUUGUAUUCUAUUAUAGGCUGCUGCUUACUGCACUGCUACUGUUGCUCAGGAACUGUUACAGUAGUGCUGUGGCAAGUGAAUGAUGAUGACAUAGCUUAAAGAUCUUCCACAGUAUAGACUCAUUUCAACUGUCAAACCUGAGUCCUGUAUUCAUCAAGCAUCUCAGAUUAGGAGUGCUGGUCUAGGAUCAGGUCCUCUCUCCAGAUAAUCUAAUUCAUUACGGUCAGAAAGUCAAAUGAUGAUCAGUAGUCUAUAGUACCCUACCAAGCAAGAAGGCAGUAACUGCUCAUCUGGUCGCAAAUUAGUUAGUCAUUUUUGCUACAUUAAAUACGUCCUUAAUCAUGUGGACAAGUAUCCUGCCUCUGUGUUUUGGAGAAAAUGGGGGUCAUGUUAGCAGUAACUGCAUAAAGUUACUGUGAAACCAAGGUAAAUAAAAGCAAUUUUUCUCAGUUCCAUGUUAUGAGCAGUUACUGCCGUUUUUCAUGGUAGGGCAGUAUACUACUCUGAUGUUUUAAAUAGGGUCCCAGGUUGAUGACUGUGUAGCCAGGAUGAUGUCUUCAUCACUCCUGAGGGACCGAAGGCAAGAUGGACAGAGAUAUUGACUUGAUUUGUUUUAAUUACCAUUCUCCUAUUGAUCCGAUGUAAGCAGUGUGUGUGUGUUGAACAUGUAUAUUGUGUAAUUAAAAUGCAUCACUGAAACACUC